AUGUCCACCGAAACCUCCUCCACCACCUCCACCCUCCCCAACCCUCAAAGUCCCUCCCACCAAGCCGUGGACCCCUCCCAAGCCCAAGGCGCCCAAAUCCCCCUCACAGACUUCAACAUCCCCUCCUUCCCCCAAGAAGCCCGUUCCCUCCGCGCCCUCACCCUCACCUCCGACAUAAAAGUCGACGAAUACCAAGAAAUCCUCGAACGCCCAUGGACAAUAUCCCCCACAAUCCCCGCGAGCAUAGAAGGUCUGACGCUCGAGUUGUUUUCUAUGGGAUACCCGAAAGGAUGGUUGAGUGCCCUCGCCGAUCGCGUCCCGAACGUUAAGAGUUUGGUGGUGUACUCUCAGAUAUUCGGGGGCUUGAGUGAGGAGACGACGGCCGAUGCGGUGGAGUUUUUUAAGAAGUUAGACGGGUUGAGGGCGGUGCAUUUUUUGGAUGUUUUUGCUAAACCCCACUUCUUCGAACGCAUAUCCCCCUACCUAAAACACAACAACACCUCCUCAACACCCGGCGAAGCACGUCGAGGCCUAAUGUUUCUAGAGAUAAACUACACAUUCCGGCACGAAGACGAAGAAUUCAUGGGAAAGAUCCAAGCACCCGAAUUACCAUUGCUCAUCGGGCCAGGUCUGAUCUCUUUAUCUUUGAAUUUAUCCGAACCGGAAAACGCAGAGGAAGACGAACAGGAUCCGACGACGAUUCAGGGAGUCGGUACGAAAGAAGGGAUCAUGGCGUUUAAUAAGACGCUUACGAAGGAGUUGAUUGAGGCGUUGACGAGUGAAGAGACGGCGCCGAAAGGGUUGAGGGCGUUGAAUACCACGCUUUAUACGUUGACGCCGGAGAUGAUUGGGGAGGUUUUGAAGGAUAAGAAGAAUUUGAUGGUGUUGCAGAUGACGGCUGAGAUUGAACCAGGGGAGGCGACGAAGAAGAAGCUUUUGGGAGCGAUUGAGCAUUUGGAACAUCUGGAGAGUUUGGAGAUUGUGGCAAAUCCGAGUUUGCAGUUUUACAUGGAUAUACAGAAUCCGCGACAUCAAGUUCUGGAAAAGACAUUCCCAGAUGUUUGGGACAUGAACAAACUCAGCGAAAAGCAAGAGAAGCUGGCGAGCUUCAAAGCGAAUGUCCUCCGUACAACCACGCUGGGCACGAUCGAUUGGGAGCGCGUGGAUGAGGUGACUUUCUGCGAUAUGAAGAGCUCUAAGUCCUUCGGCACGUCACCGGUCGUCGCUCAAGAAGCUGAGCCCAUCGUCUACCUCGAACAUCCAGUCGUGGAGUCGGACCACCAGUCUGAUAUGGCGCACACGCGUUAG